GGCGCCCAAACUUGCCGAGGUCAUAAAUACGGAAGUGGAUGCUAAGUAGGAGUCUAGAACUAAAAAUAUCGAUCUUAUCGAGCUUUUAUUGACCCACUACUCACUCAAAGUGGUAUCGACUUCUUACAUAACUUUUUCCGGUGUGUUGACGGUACUCUAAGUUCAAAAUGAGAUAUUCGCAUACUUAUUUGAUUGUUUCGGUGUCCCUGUGCUCUGUGUAUUUGCUUUAUACGCACAUCUACCUUUCUCAUAAAUUAAUGAAAACAAAUUCACUCAGCUACGAGGGACUCCCUAGUGUUGCGUAUCUUUUUCUGAAAUGUUUGAGCAACGCUCUUACUCGGAGGAAAGGCUCUUUGUACAAUAAGAAUCGGAAGAAGAAAGAGGAAGUGGUGUAUGUCGUCCAUAACUGCAGGCUGGACGUGAAAGUGUUGAGGAACUUCUGCAGUGCCACAGGUUACGGUUGGGACUUCCCAGACUGUCAAUACAGAGACGUACCGCUCUGCUUCCCUCAGGAGAUGUGCCACAAGCUGCUGCUGAUGGCCAUUACUGAUGACAACUUCCUGUUGAGCCCACUUGGUCUGCUUUGCGUGCGCCAGAGCAUAAAAAGCCAUCAACCGGUGGAUGAGCUGAAGAAAGGUCCCUUUAUGCUCCGAGUUCAAGUCCUGCUGUACAGACUCGUUGAUGCGGGUGUGGAGGUGGAUGUGUGUCUGUCGGCUUUUUCACGAUGCAAGAGUGUCGUGUGGGAGAGCGUCAUUACUCUCCUGUCCAAAAACAAGCCCCAAAAAGCCAUCACAUGUGCAGCCAAGAAAGAAGACGAGGGCGAAGUGAUGCCGGCAAACGCAAAGCAAGUGGAUCUCGGCGUCGCACUGAGCACCGGACCGCCAUGUCUAUGGUCCUUUUUUGACCAUUGGUUCCUCCUUCUGCCAGCUGCUCUCUUCGGCUUGAAGUCGCGUCCCAUUUCCAGUAUCUGGAUGUUGUCUGCCUGCCUCGCUGAAAUAGAAAAGCAUGAAGGUGUGGGAGUCGUCACAUCUCCGGUGAACAUCGUGGCACAUUUUCAAGACCCUUUGUUGGCACCGAGCAAAGUGAAACUUUUAUUUUGGAAGUGCUCUACACAAGAUCUCGCCUUUCAAAUGCGGCAACACAGCACAACACAGUGUCACUUACAGGGAAUGAUAUCAAGGACUUAACAGGAAGUAAGUAUUAUCAUUUCCAUCCAUAAAGGCUUGGGGAAUAUUCCAUAUCUGUAAAUUAUCCGUUUUUUGUGUUAGUUUUAAUGACAUUACGGCGUCACUACACUCUGAUUCUACAAGUAAAUUUAAAAAAAAAAAUUUUUGUUUCCACAUAUAGGCCAUUUUGGGGAUAUUCUAAUGCAGGGGUCUCAAACUUGCGGCCCGUGGGCCAAAUGCGGUGCGCAAGACGCUACUUUGAGGCCCAAAGUUUAAUGUUGAAAUGAAAUAAAACGGAAAAAUACACGUCAAGAUAAAGCAUCUCAUGAAACAUGUUAAAGUUACGACGCUGCUCCCAGAUGGAACUGAGUACGAUGCUAACUUGCUAAUUGGGUAAAAAUUAUUAAGUUUCAUUAAUGUUCAUGUUAAAGGUUAAAUAACUGUUAAUACUGUACAUUUGAAUCUGAAAAAAAUAAUUUCUCUACCAACUGUAUGUGGUUUCUUACGUUUUUCUUAUUUGCCGUUUUAUUAUUAUUUGACUUAUUUAUUACUGAUUGAUUGAUUUAUUGUCUUUAUUCUUAGUUUAUAUAUUUUUAUUUAUCUUAUUUUGUGUAUAGAAAAAUUAAGAUAUUUUAGAACAGUGGAAUGUUUUAUCAGAUAUUUUGGUGUGGAAAACCGGAACCAAAGUACUGAAAAAGUGUAGGGUAUAGCAGUUUUCCCAGUUUUUAAUAAAUGCGUUUUUUUUGUUUUUUUUGUUUUUUUUUUUGAAAACCUGAUGCAGCCCGGCUUCACCCAGAACCUAGCUCCGGUGGCCCCCAGGUAAAUUGAGUUCGAGACCCCUGUUCUAAUGUCUUUAAAAACAUUUUUUUUAAGUUAAAAAGGCUUAAAAGCAUUUAUGGCCCUGCGGAUGCUGCAUAAAUGGCCAAAAAUCAUAAUAAAUAAUUUUAUGUUUAUUAUUUUUAUAAAAAACAGGCCAUCUCAUUUGCAAUUAGAUGUUAAUAAUUUAUAAAUGCAUUAAUAAUAAUUAUAAAUACAAGUAUAACGUACAUACAUGUACCACUGCUUUUUACAUUGUAUCUGUCCAAUGAUUAAAAUACCAAUGAUUUAAUCAGAUUAAUCACGCUUCAUAAAUAAAUAGUGACCAAUCACUAUAUGCAACUAUUAAAUACGCACCUGCAUUUUAUUAACUGAAAUAUAAAUGACAGUACUUGAUUAUAUACUCCAUAUCAAACUUGUACUUUGAAUAUUGUUGUCUGUCUCUUCUGUAUUUGUGUAUUUAAGUGUUUUUAAAAGUGUUGCAAGAUUUUGAACCUGACAUAUAACUCUCGGGAUUUUUAAAAAGCUGUGGUUUUAAACUUUUGAUGAGGCGAUGAAACACCUAUUCCCCUUUUAGUGCUUGUAAGGACUUAAGUAAUAUUUCAAGCGGUCUUAAAAUUUUGAUCAGUAGUUAAUGUAGUGUAUUUAAUAUCAUGUAUGUUUAAGAAUAACUCUGAUUGAACUAAAAAUGUAAAUCAAGCUCAAGCAUACAUUCCAUACCAUCAUAUUAUAUUUUUGUCAUAUCUUUUCAUUUCAGCUGUACCAUCGGCCGGAAUUAGAGUUUUUACAUGGUAAUUAUGCACGCAUGUAAUAACAUAAUGGAAAUGUAUUGCACACAAACACAAAGACUUUGCACUAAUGUGGGCCUCAUUCCUUGUUGGGUGGAAAAGCUUUUCAAUAUUUCAAUAUCCUGCUCAUAAUGCUGUUUGCAUUUUUCAUGUAUGUAAGGGUCUGUCGUCCUUUAUUAUUUAUUGAAACACCUUCACUGUGUAGAACAGACAGAAAAAAGGCUUUGUAUGAUUCCCUUGCACUGAAAAUAAUGUUAUUUACCAGCAGGAGAAAGUACUCAAAUAUAAGACGAUUUAGUAGUAGUGGGUAUUUAUAUACGAUGCCGAUCGUAUGCCGAAGAGGAUAGUCUUUAUUUCCUGCAGUCCAUUCGACAUCGCUUUAAUCGUGUAUGGUUGUCUGUCGCUAUGCGUCACGUGACUGGCUGCACACCAAUUUAGGGUGUAGUCCUCAUUGUCCUCUGGAGUGGAAGAGUCGAAAUCUUUUGUUGGGGCUGCCGAGGUGGGACCAUUACUCACAUAGGGGUGGCAGUAAGUUGAUAUCUGAACUGUCUCGAUAACUUGUGGGGUGGCCGGAGAAUGACAAAGGGUGGCCGCCAAUGGCCGCCACGUACAGGUCACUGGUCCACGUUCCAAAAACAAGCUAAAUCAGGGGUCUCAAACAUGCGGCCCGCGGGCCAAAUGUGGCCCGCAGGACACUAGUUUGAGGCCCCCGCCUUGAUAUGAAAGUUUAAUGUUAGCGCGGCCCGCGCAAGUUUGAUAUGGAUGCUGUAUGGUAUCAUGUACCCAGAAAAAAUUAUUACGUUUGAUUAAUGUUCAUGUUAAAGGUUAAAUAACUGUUAAUAGUUAUCCUCCCUAUCCGUGUGGAAGUGGUAAGUUUUUGGCUAUUUAAGUUUAAAGGAAAUAACUUGAAGGAGGGCAGAAGAUCUAAACCGGGGGUCUCAAACACACAGCCCGCGGGCCAAAUGUGGCCCGCAGGACACUACUUUGAGGCCCCCGCCUUGAUAUGAAAGUUUAAUGUCAGUGCGGCCCGCGCAAGUUUGAUAUGGAUGCUGUAUGGUAUCAUGUACCCAGAAAAAAUGAUUACGUUUGAUUCAUGUUCAUGUUAAAGGUUAAAUAACUGUUAAUAGUUAUUCUCCCUAUCCGUGUGGAAGUGGUAAGUUUUUGGCUAUUUAAGUUUAAAGGAAAUAACUUGAAGGAGGGCAGAAGAUCUAAACCAGGGGUCUCAAACACACAGCCCGCGGGCCAAAUGUGGCCCGCAGGACACUAGUUUGAGGCCCCCGCCUUGAUAUGAAAGUUUAACGUUAGUGCGGGCCCGCGCAAGUUUGAUAUGGAUGCUGUAUGGUAUCAUGUACCCAGAAAAAAUUAUUACGUUUGAUUAAUGUUCAUGUUAAAGGUUAAAUAACUGUUAAUAGUUAUCCUCCCUAUCCGUGUGGAAGUGGUAAGUUUUUGGCUAUUUAAGUUUAAAGGAAAUAACUUGAAGGCUACCGUUUAGGUCGCUAGCUCUCUAGUUUGCGAGUUAGCAUGUGUCCCAAGACCCUGCAGUUGCGCAAUAUGUUGUAAAUAAAAAAAGUAUAAAUGUGACUAUAGUCGUGUUUUGUCAAUGGUUGUUUGUCUAUAUGUGCCCUGUGAUUGGCUGGCCACCAGUCCAGGGUGUACCCCGCCUCUCGCCCGAAGACAGCUGGGAUAGGCUCCAGCACCCCCUGCGACCCUU